AUGACCCUUCAGUCGCACGUAGGCCAUCUGGUCAUUGACUGGUUCCAAAGCAAGAAGCGCGAGGUCCGCUUGCUGUGCGAGGGCGAUCCCCACACCGUAUCUACCAGAAGGGUCGCGCGGGCCGCUGUGGUGCAUUCUGAAGUGUGAUUCGACUUCAGGGAUUUUUAUUUCUUGUGACGUCGAGAGCCUUUUCGGUCGGCAACAUGAAAACCCAAGAAUUCCAGAGGUAUGAGCCAUGGAAUUGCAAGCAUAAUAGUCGGUCGAAUAUUCAGAGUGCUCGUCGGUUGACAAUCAAUUUCUGGACUAUUUGAUAAUGGUCGUUAGACGUGGCUUAUCUAAAAGGGGUUGUCAUAGUAAACUAAAAACAACCUGAUUAGCUAUAACGCAGUUUUGUGACAGGCAAAUAAAGCCAAAAACACAAUUUCCUUUAACCUAACACUAGUCCAGUUUUCCAGUGACCAGGAGUGUAUUUUGUAGCCUGCGAGAAGAGAGAAUCGGUGCUGACAGAUUCCCACUGCUCCCUAUCUCAUCCGCCAUUAUCAACACCGUUUGAUCGUACAUUUUCUGCUUCGGAGCUUAGAUUUUUGGAAUGUCCACUGUGCUCAAACCUUACCUCUGUUCUCGCGUGCUCCCAUUCCACCGAGAUCGCAACGAUUUUCCCAACUAGACCAGUUGCGUGUCGUCUGACUUUCAUUAUGGGAUGCAGGUUUUGAUGUACGCCCUACGAACUAACGUUUUCAUCACUCCAAGAUCCUUUUUAUGGGAUUUACGUCGUAUUUUUUGAUAUUUCUAGCUAUUUAAAGUAGGUGUAUACAGCAGAAUUCAUUGGAACCAAUAAAUCUCGCAACGGCUUUUCAAGAUCUUCUAUUACAAAGCACCUCCUCGAUAGCGGUCAUUCGGUUGACCCCAAAACAUCUUUUCGAGCAUUAGUUCGAACACGAACAACUCGGUUACUGCGCUACUUGUAGGCAGCCUACAUACGGCGGGAGAAAGUCGGCCUAUGCAAUCAGUUAGACCAAGUGGUCAACCUCAGCUUGCCCUGGUAGAUCUGAACACUUCUGAUCUGUGAAAUCCCUCGUCAUGUUAACUUCCCCGUUUUCUUUCCUGUGCUGCGUUUUCAAGUUACCAUUUUAUUGAUUAGUCUACAUGCAGGAUACCGUGAUUUUGCUGCUUUAUAUUGAUUUUCUCUUUCUCACUUUUUAUCUGUGUUAUGCAACGACAGGCUGCAGUUGAUAAGCCGUCGCGAAGUUUACUGGUUCCAAUAAAUUCUUCUGUCUAUACCUGCUUUAAAUUAAUUCCGCGGAAAUAUAGCUUCAAAUUUCUAGCGAUUACUGGCAAUGAGGCAUGUGUGACGGUAAGCAAAGUGAGAAAGGGACCAAAAUUUACGGCAUGAUUUACCAGAAUAUAAAGUGCACUGCAGACUAAAUGAAACAAACUGGGUCACUCAAACACUCCUAGAUACAUUUCCAUUGACGUUAGUCUCACUGAAGACAGCGUCUGGAACGAACCCAGCUGGUGUCUACCAUACACUCAUCCUGACAUCAUCGAAACAAAAGCCCUGAUGUACCGUCAUUUAUGUUCCCUUUCGCACUCCAACUGCCAAAAUUGUCAGUCAAUUGGGCAUCGAUAAAAUGAGUGCUAGAUACCAGAUAGAAGCAACUUUCAUUUGCAUAUCCUGUCUACUCCUCGACGACUUAAAUCCAAAAAGUUCCAAGCAGGUGAGAAUCCACGAAACAGUGAGGAAUUUGGGAUUCUUUUUUUUAUUAAAACAGCUGCCCACCUAAACGCAAUAUAUAUUCAUAUAUAGUGCGUGACUUAACUCAUGAAAUGUGUCGAAAUUUAUGAAUGAUUGCCAGUCACUCACAAACCAACACCAUUUCAUGAGUCAACUGUCUAUGUUAAUUAAGUACAAGUUUAAAAGAAUUAAAAACAUAAAAGAAAUAUUAUAGGCAGUGUUGCGUUAUUUAGAAAUGUCGAUUUAUUUUGAAAGGCGCAAUAUCCCGAAAACGUCAGAAAUGGCUCUAAUUUAGUAAACUUCGUUUUCAAAUGUAUAGGAUGUAUUCUCAUAUCGAACACGUAGUAAAUAUGAAAGUAGACAUAAAAUCACGUCUAAUAACAGCGUUUCAAUGAGGUUUACAUCUAAAUAUCGUUUAAUAAGUAGUGUGAUUUCUUAUAUGACGGUUUGUCAACUGCCUACAUUCUGGGUGUAGAUUCCAAAUCAGUUUUCCAGUGUUUCAUGAUUUAUUUAACGAUUUGGCGUUCAAUGAAAUAGCGUUCAACAACAGAAGCUGGAUUUUGCUUGAUUUCGCCGAUGGCGACGUCGUAGGAUCAAACGUUUUCAUACGGUGACAUACUAGGAGGCCGGUCGGUGCCUAAUAAAUUUAAAUAGAACUGACAGGCGUGAUCGUAAACAUACCAUUUUGUGUUUAUAGAGAGAACUUUUCUUUCGUGAAUUUUUGAAUCGGCAACAUCAACACGUCGUCAGACGAAAUGAAUAGUGUGAGAGAGAUAAUCACAUAAGGGAGCUAGGGGGACAUCGAGGUUACAUUGACAAAACAGAGGUCUAUGUGUGGGGGGUGAAGAACGUGUUUGGAUAGGUGCCGGAAGUUAGGGGAGGUGUUGAGGGUUUCACCCAUGGUCAACUCUAUUGGGGAGGGGGUGCUGAAUCCGUGAUAUUCUGCAUGGCCAAACACGGAUUAGCAGCUGGUGUCUUAAGGUGUGCGCAAGCCUUUGUAGUGAGCGUCCUAGUCGACAUGGCGGUUGAUGCUGUUGUUAUUACAUUGCCAAGCUUCGAGAAACUCUCGCGCCGUGUUAGUGUUAGCACUGGCGAUCAUAUCAGUUCCCUCCCAGUUGAAACGGUGAUCACACUCAAGGGUGAUCAGAAGGGGUCCCGUCGGCGGAUGGCCAACUCAUGUUCGUUAAUGCGGGUCCCAAGACGUCGGCCGUUAUGCCCAACACAGACGCUACAGCAGUUUGCACAUGGAAUGCGGUAAAUGAAGUGUGUCUGCUAUUCCAUCGGUAUGGGGUUUUUACUCGGGAUAAUGUCGUGCCUAAUGAGGACGCCGGUUUGUGGGCGAUGGAAAUGCCGAACUGAUUUAACUGUCGGGCGAUCGCCUCGGAAAUUCUUGGAAUGUAGGGCAGGAAGCAGAGUUUCCGUGACACCCUGUCACCGUUGGUAGUGGCGCUUUUUGGUCGUCUCUGGCGUCUGAAACAAUUUUUCACAAAGCUCACUGGGUAUCCGUUCAGUCGGAGAAACCAAUGCAAGUAAGCCAGUUCUUUCUUGAGUAAAUCGGCGCUACUGACGGUUUGUUUGGUGGUUAAUCUGAUAGCUCAGGGUGAUCUCAGCGUCAGUGCCUAUCCGGUGAACGCUUGUUGCGAGGCUGCCUUCACGAAGCCUUUGUAUGCUCACGGGAGGGGGUCUCCUUUUGCUUCUUCACGAGUAAACUGUAGCGCUGAGAAGGGGCCAUUCAAGUUCUGGUGAAAUCUCUCAACUUCACAGGUCUUGCCGAUGACACACUUGUAAUCGGCACAUCUGAACUACGUUUUAAUUGGAAACUUUGUACAACGUCUUGUUCUAGUCGUUGUAAAACUAGUUCUGUGAGUAGCCCCGAAACUGGCGAACCCACUGUGGUGCACUUAGCCUGUCGGUAGUAGUUGCCAUAGAAUUGGCAAUAGUUCUUAAGCAGAUCUUAAGCAUUUCUAAGACAUGGUGUGUUAGAAGGUCGAUGGGUUGUCUUGUAGGCGCCGGGCCACAACUUAGUAUUGCAGACAGCUGUCUGCUAGCCUAGUCGACUGAUUCACGUUUUAUGGCCUGGUCGAUAUGUGUAUAUGAACAUUGUAGUGAGGCCCCUUAGAGUCGGCAUCAAGUUAGAAAUUAUCUGGCUUAAAUAAAAUUUUUGCUUUUGGAAUCAUCAUAGAGAGGAAGAAGACUACCCCGAGGGACUCUAGAUGCUACCAUCCCUGACAUUGAAUGUUCUAAGAACCCGCCAUAAAAAUUAACCAAUAGUCGGUCAGUAUUAACAGCCAAUGGCCUAUCCGGACUUCUCGGUUAUACCAAGGUUUGUGCCGUGAUCUUCCCAGACGGACUGGCAUCUUCGCCCCUUUGUAAUUAACACUUUGAACUCGCUAAUAUGCGAACACCUUUUUGCUUUCUGUCGAUGGUAACCUCAUCACCUGUCUCUUCCUCGGACCGGUCCUUCACUGUAACAAAAUUCAGCCAAGUUCUGUUGAUUAAAUCCUAUGGGCUCGCCACUUGGACCUCUCCUACCCUGAUAGUAUUCUACUCGCCCAGGGCUAGCCGGGUUGCCCGGUCGCGGGCUAGUAUUGCCACUGACUGGGCUUUCUCAGCAAUCCUAGCGGACACCGUCCACACGGGGACAGUAGGUCGACGCGCCUUCUCGGGCGAGCUGAGGGCGUCGUAGCCCGAGGCGACUUAAGUCGCCAGACAGGGGCCCAAAUUCCGCACAAAGUGCGUACGCGCACCCCGCAUUCGUGCGUACGCGCACCCCGCAUUCGUGCGUACGCGCAAAGGGACCCCUAGGCAUGACGUGUAAAAUGCACUCGGGUGAGCAUCAAGGGAGGGUGUAGCAGAAAGGCUUCUUUCCUCGCACAGAUCGAGCAUUGUCCGUCAGUCAGGUUACUAGCUCUGCCCUAGUCCGCAAGCCCAACGGGCUAGAAAAUGUCUAGCCCUAGGCGACUAAAUGCUAUCCGGGUAGCUGGGCAAAUUGGAGAGAUUCCAACUAAGCGCUUAGAUCGGAAAACUUAAACAUUACGACCGCUAUGUUGAUGAUAUCUUUGCAAUUGCCACAACAGGAACCGACGUAGCUGCCCUCUUAAACGCUGUAAAGCAGGCACAUCCCUCCAUCAAAUUCACGUUGAAGAUAAAGAUGACCGGUUCGCUCCCUUUCUUAGAUGUUCUUCUAAGCAGGAGACCUGACGGCAAUGUCCGAAGAAGCGUCCACCGGAAGAAAACCUGGUUUGGACAAUACGCAAACUUCUCUAUUUUCAUACCCCUUCAACAACAACGAAAUCUAGUCCGAAGUUUGACGCAAAGAGCUAGAAAAAUUUGCUCAACAGAUAGCAUCGAGGAUGAACUUGGGAAAAUCCAGGACUUCCUUCGUGAAAACGGGUACCCGAACAGGUUUAUUGCAAAGAAUAUGGCCGAACGACCAGUAAAAGCCGCCACACCGACGACCGAGAACAAAACUCUGUUCGUCAAAGUCCCUUUUCAAGGGGACGCUGCGAGUGAACUCCUAAAGAGACGCCUUGAUCAAGCUGUUUCGCCAACCUUCCCAGCGGCAAGGGUUCAAGUAUCCUUCUCUACUAACCCUAUUUUACGCGGAGAAGGUAAGGAUAAGUUGCCACCCCAGACCACUUCACUGUGCGUCUACUCCUUCACUUGCUCCUGUGGAGCAGGUUAUAUUGGUCGCACGAGUCGGCGCUUAUCCAAGAGAAUACGCGAACACCUCCCGGCAUGGCUGGGAAAAGGCGAAACUAGGAGCAUAAGCAGCGCCAUUUUCGCGCGUGUUGUCGAUUCCGGACAUCAUGUAGACUCCAAUAAAGCGCUUCUUGUGAUCUAUAAGGUCUCAUCGAGCUAUCCUAAACCACUGGAACAGCGCCUGUUAGCAACAGCAGAGGCGGCCGCCGUCAGGUUCAGAAAAUCAAUCUUGUGCGCUCAGAAGAACCACGUUCAGGCUCCGCGUCUACAGUGGUCGAAGGUCGACUAACGCUACAGCUCUCCCGCGUCCUUCCGCUCUCACCCCCCUCCCUGACACUGACUACUAUUAUUCCCCCUCUCCCACAUUUCCACACCCAGUCUGUGUUUUAAGGCGAACUUUAGUCAAUUUGUCUUACCACUGACGUGCUUUUGCUUCUGCCCUCUUCCCAUAUAAUUGUAUUGGUCCGACGAGAAUUUAUCGAAAGCUACGUAUGCACGCCACCUCGUCUUCUGAUUACUGUUAAGGAAAUUUUCGCAACUCUAAAUCCUAUGACAUCAUCCAUACAUAGAUGGUGGACCAGAGUAACCCUUGAUAAUAGGUCCAUUAUACUGUGACAUAUAUGCCCUAGUAACAAUUCUGGUCGGAAUCUGCGCCGAAUCUAAACGGAGGUUUGGUGGUUUUGCAAAAAUGUGCAAAAUGGGGGUAUAAACUAGUCACUCGUAGGAAAGCUACAUUGUGUUCAAUAAUAUGUACAUGUAAGCCCUUCUACGGCUAUGAUGAGGGGCCGGACGGUCCCUGGACCGUCGCCCUAGGGCGGGGAUUGCUGUUGUCUUCUUCCGCCUCGUCUGGAAGUAAAUGGAAUGAUAGUAACGUUUGGGCAAUUUAAGAAAUUACAAUCAGUUUAAGUCAUCUUGGAGAAAUAUAAAUUGCAAUAGGUCUAAGUAUGUGGAUGUAACUAACCGUCCACAAGACGUGAUGUGGAUGACUUGUCCUCGGGUGUUUGUAAGCGGUCGUACGCCCUCCGGAAUGCAGUCCGGAACAUUUUCUUUAAUGGUUGUCGAUCCGAUUUUUUAUCGUCAUUCUAUCUGGCAAACACAUCUAUUUUGGCAUAUUAUAAUUGAAGAAAAUUAUGCAUGUAGUACCAAGGACCAAUGCCUAGGCCGUGGAGCCAUAGAAGGUCCGCUUGCCCUGCUGUGAUGCGUUAUUGCAUCAGCAAACAGGGCGCUGGACAAGUGGUCGACAAAAGCGCUUGUGUCCUCUCCGCCAAAACUAGACAAGUGUGAAAUCUAGCGGACGAGAGUGAAGGUCAGAGGAAACUUACCACCUGCUGUCGAAUGGCAGCGUCCGACAUCCAAUUCCUGUAGGCAGGCCAUGCGCUUAAAGACGGGCCCGCAGGCGGAGGAGCUGGCGUAGACGUUGAGCAAGUUGCCACCCCUUCUUCUGACAGCGCGUCUAGCUUUAAACCAAUCUUAUGCUUGUAUUCCUUGCUGUUCUCAACGAGCCGUCGGAGGACGGCCCUAAUCUUAGACCUCCUCGCCUGCGACGACACAUGUCUGCGUCGUCGCUCAUGUCUGUGGCUCCUGUUCUCGAAGAAGAACAAGUGUGAAGGCCAGGUAAAUACCUGUUGCAAGGGGGGAGGACAAACACAGUGGCAAAGUUGAGCUUGGUUCUGUUUGGUUAGAUUCGGACUGCUGAAGAAGACAGAAAUUAUGUAAUUGACAAUCCUACGGAUGACAAUGGGAUCUCAGGUGCAUUUUGUGGGUCCCUUGUGCCUUCAUCGUAACGAUUCUUGGCUGUACGCCUCGGACGCUUUUUAUUCUGACUGUCUUCUUUGCCGGACCUUGCGCUCUACAACGGGGAUCUAAACGAAACAAAAGUUAGGCAAACAAACCCCUCAUCGUCCGUGUGCCUGCGCGUCUUUGUUAGUCUGGAAAUUUCGCUGUUUUUAUAUGUAACUUGUUGUCACCGGGCAUUAGAUUGGCCGGACUGCACCCGGGGACUCUUCAGGCAGCCAUCCUAUUGAUCUCUUGGGGCUCGGCUCUCGAUGCAGCAAUAUUGGGAAAUUACUUAACCAUGCUGAUCAGGACCGUCUAUUUGUGACCAACUCGUGCUUCCAGCACCACCAGAAACACCCCCUGGCGUGGUAUUCAAAACACGGUCAUAUACCCAGUCAGAUUAACUACAUUCUAAUUGAUUCAAGGAUCCGCAACUGUUAUCACAGUAGCAGAUCGAUGCGCAGUGCCGAAACCGGCAACGCCCAUAAGUUAGACCAUAUUCUCGUUCGUACACACCCGAAAGUUUUUAUUUUAACCUUCAUCCAAAUUCCUGAAUCCAAGACGUCUUGAUGUCGCAAAAUUACUCCAGCCCAGCAUAGCCGAGACUCUGACCACAGAAAUCUGGUACCGUCUUGUGAUCAGGUUUUAGAGAGAGUAGUAGUAUCAGAUGGUCAUCACUGAAAUCCCUAGUCCAUAAGGCAGUCGAGAAGAUUUUUGGAUUUAUUCGACGACGUCGAACCGAUUGUACCAGCGGUAAGAACCUAGUAUUGCGUACACAGACGACUUGAGUCAGGUCCCGCAACGAUGAAUCCAUCCGUCAGCCCCCGAACACGACAGUGAAUUCAGCCACAGAUGACUGCGAAAAAUAUUAGGACGAAAUAGCCACCUUAAUUGGGCAGGCCUCAAACGCUGGUGACACCAUGCUAGCCCAAACUGUGGUGACCUGCAGACUGUGGUUUCGCGGGCGAAUGAAGUCGCUGAAUCAUCCAGUGUAUUCAUAAACCCUGAGGACUGUCCGGUAGUUGUCUCCGGUGAGAAAACAACUAACGUCCUUGACGUGCGGAAGCACUCACCAAAAUUGUGAACUGGUGAAAUUUUGUCUCCUAACUGCUAUGGUAGAGGGGCGCUCACCGAUCGUUCUUACGGAACUCACUCGUUCCGUUAUGCUUUACGGGCUCUCUCUUGAGCCCAACCAGCAUCCCCACGGCGGCGCACAAUAUAGGCGGAAUAUUAUUACCGUCAAAGAGAAGGGAGACCAGAAUAGCCAUUUCUGGCUUAUUAGUCGUCGUUAGCCAGUCAUACCCAACCCCGAAGUGUGGAACACCUGGAGCUCGAACUCGCGACCCUCCACCAUUGUAUAUUCUCGAUCGAAACCGACGGGACAACGGGCCCAUGGCCCGGUGGUUAUAGGCGUUGGACUUCUGACUAACAGGUCGCGAGUUCGAGCUCCAGGUGUUCCACACUUCGGGGUUGGGUAUGACUGGAUGACGACGGCUAAUAAGCCAGAAAUGGCCAUUCCAGUCUCCCUUGUCUUUGUCGGCAAUAAUAUUCUCAUAACUGCUCUUGGCAUACACUGGUAGUCAAGCGAAUUAUUUCACCGUUCCAGCGGCAAGAUGUCCUCAUUAUAUAGACCCUCUGAUGUACUUUCUGCGUUAUCUGGGUCCACCCACGCUGCUCUCAGCUACCGUAUUCCAACCUUGCUGUUUGCAUCAAUCCCAACCCUAAUAUCUAUUCCGUCAGCUCAUUGUUCGCACAGACCCCACUGGCAGAUAUGGUUUCCUGUUCAAUCAGGAAAACUCCAACCUGCCCUCACUGUCGAUGCACCCUAGUGCCACCACUGGGCAUGCGGAUCAUCUCCGGAGACAGAGUUACAAUAACCGCCCAAGCACUCUGCCCAUCACCCACACCACAAUCGGAUGAAGGUGGCUGUUGUUGUUUACGAAAGACGAACCAUCCUAAAUGUUUCUAACAUCGGAGGCAGUUGGAUGACUAAUAUCGGAACCAGAAUGGACAAGACCGUAAUGGGCGAAACCGGAUACUUUGGUGGGGUCCUCUUUAGCUUCUGUGCUGCGGGAUAUUUAGGUGCACUCCUCUAGGCUAUUGGUGCUUGGGUCCUGCUUUGUACAUUGUUAUUCCAGUUUGCUUACUUUGCAACUACUACUAUUUUUAGAUCCCAUUUCAGACGCAUUCAUGAAUCCGCCCUCUCCACCUGCCUCUUCUUUUCUUCACUACAGCACUUUUUGAGCACAUGACUGAGGAUCGCUUACAUAAGACUGAAGAGGAGGAGAAAAAUAAUGAUAAAGCCGUCGUGCUGUUCAAAAAGGCGGACGAAAUCAUGGACAUCAAUCUUCUGCACAAAGGUUUUAAUCUGCACAAUCGUCCGCGAAAUUAUCUAUGUCGGCGGACAAACAUUGAGGAGGUAGUCUAUCACGCCGUGAUGGCUGAUACCAUUAAAUCGCCCUACACGAGGUAUUUGUGCAUUCUUAUUGUUUACAGCUUUUUAGUUUUAAGAUGGCCAACCAGUAUCUCUCCUUUCUAUCCGAGUUUGAUGUUCUUGGAGGAAUGCGUGUAAGUUUGCGUACCUCAGAUUCAGUCCUGUAGCCCAUCAAAAGACUAGUUGAAAUGGUUUUCGACCAGAAGAUGCGUACAUCUACCAUCGUUCAUAAAGUUGGAAAUCUACUUCUCCUGGAUGAGUUUGACAUUGACUCCUUCAUUCUUACAAGUUCUUCAUACGUAUGUGCGACUAUAAAAGUAUCCACCUAAGCAUUAGGGUUCCUGGCCGUGGUUGAGGGAGUUUAUGUUCAAGAAUAACCUUAAUUUGAAUGAAUCUGACUUCACUCGCCAAGUUCUCCAAAUGAGAGACCUAUACAUCAAGUUCCUCUAUCACACGUAAGUUGAGUCUGACAUGUCAUUUCUGGCGCUUAGAGUUGGCCAUCAGGGCGCUCCCACUCAUCUGCUUGCUUCAGAGCCGCGGUUUCAGAUGUUGGAAUUCGAUCGAAACGACGAACAACACCAUCCAAGCACCUCGGCAACUAGCUACAGGGGAAACGGAGCUGUAAUCUCCACCUCCCCCUCACGAGUGUCUCAACAAUCCCGUGACCCUAAUGCUUCCACCACCAGCCCCGAGUCAAUGCCUUCAAACUCUCGCAGUCGUCUCUCACAUAAUCCCGAUGACUACCUGCGCAUGGCAAAGUGGCGACUCGAUGACCUCAGCUUUCUCGUCGGCUCGGAUAUGGCCAUAUUCGGGACAAAGAUGCACCCCUGCAUUAGUUUGCGCUUAAGGUUGCCGGUUUAGCUGAAUUUCUUUUCAUAUUCUGUGUCCAUUUUCCUCUUAGUAAUUCCUUAUAUUUUUUUUCGGUGUCUCUGUCCCCGUCGGCAUAUUUAUGGGGCGGGCUCACCGCUCUUUAUGUGUUUUAUCUUAACAACCCUACGGACCGUGUUUUAGCUGGCGUUUUAGGUAGUUAGCAUGUCCUUGGUUUGGUUAUGCGUUUUCAUGAGUCUAACACGUUGACUUUUGUAAGCUAUCUGAAAACAAAACGGAAAUUUAUAGAGUAACAAGUCUGGUUUUUGCGGUUCUGCCACCUCAACUUGUGCUUACUUGUAAUUAGUACGGCUGCGAUCGUGUACUUCUCCACGCGUCACGAUCCGCGGCAGCAGAUCCGAAGGUCCGAGAACCACUUUUAUCUCGUGACGGACUGUGUCGAGCCAGGUUUUGAGUUUACCACUCCUUCGACGCAUCCAAGUGGGUAACGGUGCCGAGUCGAGAGCAGCAACACUGAGCUCGUGAAGUGAAGGCCGAAGAACUUGUCCAAACCACGGCAGUCAUCUUUCUUGAAUGGCCUGAGAUGUCUUUGCGAUGUUGUCUCAGAGAGUGCAGACUGCCUCACUUAAGGCGAAGUCGGUGUACAUCACUUGGAGGACGGCCCUCAAGCAGUGGUGGUCAAAUACCUCCAGUUGUCGCUCGUCCUCCACGCGCGAAACCCAGCAUUCAAAACCACACAGAAGGACAGACCGGGCAGAUGCCCGGUACACGCAAAUGUCCGUCGUGAUGGAGAUGUCGCGUCGGAUCCAUAGACACUUUCGAUUCGGGAGACAAUGUCGUCCUUACACUGUCCAGUCGGCAACAGAAUCACCUCGAGGUAUUUGGAGCUGUACGUCUUCAAGUUGACAGCCACUUAUCUCUAGAGGUGUUCUCUCCUGGUCAGCGGUGCAGCUUGAAAACACUUUGGUCUUCCGGGCGUGAAUGGAUAAACCGACGACUUAGUGAUCACUCUGCCACCUCUGAUAGGGGUAAUCGAAGCAGAGCUCUGGCAUAAUCGGGCCCUUGGAUGACCGAAGGACUAUGGUGCGCGCAUUCUGGACGGAUUUGUUGGGAACCAGGGGCACCGAGAGAAGUGACUUCUCGUCCAACAGUUCGGCCGUCGUUUCCGACGAUGCCCACUGUGUGCUCCACAGCAGGAUGGCACCGGCGACGAUGACUUGCACGUGAGUUUAGUUAUAGUAAUAGCAGACUUGCACAGCAUCAACGACACCCAUCUCUUCCCCACCUGAGCCCAGUGUCAUGACAGCAUCAAGAAGACCUAAGGCACGGCGAAAACCUGCCCCUUAUCGCGUGUCAUCACACCGGGUCGGAUCCAACUGAGUGGGAGUGCCAUAGAGGCCACACCAACAAGGUGCCAUCGCAAUGUGACUUUCCCUCCACUAAACGGCCAUUCCACACAAACACACACUGGGCUGACUGCGGGGUCCCAGGCUGUCUUGUCAGUCGGCAGCCUUCCCAGCCACGGCUUUUAGCUCACCGUGGUAGAUUCAAGCGAGUCAGUAUGCUCCGAGAUCGUCGACCUGAAUCUCUCUCCCCAUUCCCAGGCACCAGUCCGCUGUCCGAGCUGGUCGGUUGUCUGAUGCGGGGAGUGGGCGCAGUGGCUAGAGAGUCUGUCUGCACGCGCCACAUGCACGACCUGGUCCCUCAAACGCGCACACCGGGAUUACGCACAAAGGGGGGGGGGGAGGUACUCGGUCAGGAUCCCAAGUGUGUGAGAGAAUGCUAUUAAGAAGGAGCCAUUGCGGUCUGACUUGGUCCACCAGUCGGCCACUCGACCUACAAACACACAACUGGCCUCGUCGAAUUUGAAUGUGUGGCCGGAUCUCGUCGAAUGAGCUGCAGCUUAAGAGCUGGAAACUGGAACUGGUGCACCGGUCGUCGUGCAAUGGAUUCGCAAGUGACCAACUAGGCCAAUGCGUGAGGUAAAUAUGCCAUCUGAAUGAGGAUAAGUUGGGACCGAGUCCACAUCACGGGGAUGGGGACUGACGGGACGUCGGGAGCGUUCUUACCGGUGGAAAGAGUGGAGAAAGUUGUGUUCCUCGUGGCCGCAGGGGUUUUGGGAGGAAUGACGGAGGGAACAAUGGUCGACGGCGUCGGGACACGGAGAUUCUGUGCAUCGGCGGGGAGGGGGGGCGUCGUCGUAGACGCCGUUGAGGUCAGGAAAACAGCAAAAAUAGCAGUAUAUGCUUAGAACGAAUGGUCUGUUCUGAAACUGGCCUGGACUGUACGCUAGACGUGGGAAAACCGCAGUGCCGUAAGUUUUUCUGACGAUUUUGGAUGGUUACUAUCGUUGUAAUUAGUGCGUCCCUGUUGCUCCAAUGCAUCUACUGCGUGGCCCCUUAGAGGGGCACAACGGGGGAGGACCAGAUCAGGACACGGCAGGUGUUAUUGGGGAUGCGCACCCAUGACAGAUGCCAAGCAAGGAGAGCGUGAUGGCACGCCUAGGCGCAGGAUCUCGUCGUGCCGGCCACCUACAUCUGGUCCUGCCUCCAGUCUUCUGAACUCUGUCAUGACACCGGACCCAGGAGGAUGAGAGAAGAGAGUGCGAUAGAUUCUGCACAAGUCUGUCGUCAUUACAAACCAAUUCACGCGCAAGUCACCGUUCCUGUCCCCACCUUACUGUGGAGCACACGGCUGGCAUCAUUGGAAUCGACGGUCGAACUUCCGUGAGUGCGCUCGUAUCCCAAGUCCGUUGGAGCUGGUUAUUUUGAUUGAUUCCGUCGUGUUCCAUGUCCCGUUGCUUUUAGUAUGCUUGGGCGCCGAUAACACUGCCGCAUCGAGUUAUCCGUGAAUGCAGUGUUUUUGGAAUUCCAUUGACUGCAUAACCGGAUAUUUUCAGUACAGGCUUGUAGAACAUGAUGUUUGUCACCGGAUACGUAACUACUGCUACGAUUAGAAAGUUCCAGCUCAUUCCCGUCAAAGCCAUUCGGUCCCCUAUAUGUUCCCGUCAACCUUGUCUGCCAAGCAGACUAGAAUGACUUUAGGCAUAUCCCUGACGAUAAUCGGCGUAAAUGUGAGCCUAAUUAGGAUGAAAAAUUGCAUCCUUUCUAAACCAACAUCAAUUAGCAUUAUUUAAAACCGUUUUUGCCUUAGCUUACGUCGUCAAGUUUUAUCGGUAAUCUCUUCAAAAAAAGGAUGAGCUGUCUGUAUCUUUCUCAUUCGUUACCUCUGUUAUGCAGCGACAGGUUACAGUUGAUAAGCCGUCGCGAAAUUUUUUAGUUCCAAUAAAUUCUGCCGUGUAUGCCUAUUUCAAAUUCAUUCCGGGGAAAUAUUCCUUCAGAUUAUACAAAUGUGUUUUGGAUUUGUACUAAACGAAACAAAUGUACGCAUUCUGCACACCGACUAAAAUUGCACAUAUUAAUCAGAGACAGCAGACCUGGCGGUAUGUAUUCUUCACCACUGUGAAGCCUCAACCUCCUAUCCACUGGCCAUAUAGACAUCUGCUUUGUGAAAAGCUCCACAUAUCCUAUUUUGCGAAGCACAGCUUGCGUCCAAAUCCAAGGAUGCCUGUGCACAGUUGCUGGGAUCGAAAAAAAGUAAUGCUAAUUUACUGCGCACUUUACCUCGUUAGCUUUCUCUAUAUUUAUCAGACAAGAGGAGCAGAUCAUGACAAAUCCUUGUUUUUUUACAUUCCUCUUGACUAGUCCGCUUCAUGAACCUAUCAACGUACUCACCGGAGUGGAUAUCUGGUUGGAGAACAUCCUCAAUGAAGUCCCCGAGGUAGCCAUGUGCUUCCACAACGAGGGCAUAGUCAUGCAGGAGUACGAGAUCUACAAGACAUGUGACCUCCCUGCACUUACUUGCUUUCACCCGGAACACAUUCUUCGCAUUAUUCGAAAUCUCAUCAUGUUUCUGAAGCGCAACGCCACACAAGAGGGACACACCUACUGGUUGGUCAGGGAGGCCGGUUUCGAUGUCGUCAAGCUUUACGAUUUGACGGUUCUGUGUGAGAAGCCGCGGCGGUCAUCCUCCGUUAGCCCGGAUCCUGACUCAGAUGAGUCUGACGGUAGGUUUGUCGCUGUCUAUGUGUCCCUGAUAUCCUGAAGUACGCUUCUUGGGUUACCCCCUGAUUGUCAAUAAAAGCAAAGAGACGAUUCCCAGGAAGCAGUCUUAAAGAAGGAGACACGAUCGCUGGGACAAGAGCUUCAUUAGCCUGACGUUUCGGAUUCCUGCUCGAACCCAUCAUCAGAGACAAAGCAGAUACGGGUGUUUCAUGCAUAAGGGGCUGUAUGCACAAUGGUAUACAAUGGUAUUGUAUAUUCCCGAUCGAAAACCGACAGGGCAACGGGCUCGUGGCCCAGUGGUUAGAGGCGUAGAGUCCGAGCCUCGGGUGUUCCACGUUUCGGGUUGGGUAUGGCUGGCUGACGACGGCUAAUAGGCCAGAAAUGACCAUCCCAGUCUCCCUUGUCUUUGUCGGUAAUGCCAUUCUGCCUAUGGUGUGCGCCGCUGUGUGGCUGCUGGUUGGGCUCCAGAGAGUGCCCAGAAGGCACAACGGAACGAGUGCGUUCCGUGAGAACGAUCGGUGAGCGCCCCCUACCAUUAUAUAUAUAUAUAUAUGCAUACAUAUAUACAUAUAUUCGAAAGAAAUAAGCUCUUUGGGAAAGAUAAACAAGUUUUAUUUUAAAUUUUUGACCUUGGUUCCCCAAGUCAUCCUCAGACGUGAAGUAAGUAUGUAAAACAGUUAACAUUUAAACGUGCCUAAAAAAUCGAUUUUGCCCUGUCACCCCUGCUGGCGUAAUGUUCUGAUUGUCUAGUGCCUUUUCCACUUUUCCUUGAGGCUGUUGUACACCGCAUCCAAUUCCACGUGUCGGUUGAUGCAUGCUUUAUCAUAAUGGAUGGCCUCUAAAAAUUCACGGCCCUUCGUAGAUGAGCAGACACCUACAAUGCAAGUCCUGCCGCAGGCGAAUUUGUGUCCAGUUUCCAACGUAUGCAUGACAACUUCGGACAAGUGGUCUCGCCUUUUUACGGCUAACUGAUGUUCGUGUAUUCGUGUAGAGGCCGAUUUCCCAGUUUGCACAUUUACGUCACGUCUGAAGACGACUUGGGGAGCCAAGAGCGAAAAUUUACAAUAAAAGUUGUUUAUCUUUCCCAAAGAGCUUAUUUAUUUCAAAUUAUGAUUCUUGGGAUGCUGGGGGUCCCACGGAAGAGCCGAACCCCUCGCAGCUGUGUCACGCAGCGGCAGAAUAUCGGCGAAACACGUGUCUGGGCUUUUAGCAAGUAUCUAUGUCGGGUGUAAGGUAUAAUACAUUUACCAUAUAUAUGCGUAAGUAUUGAAAGGUAGGCAUCCCAAGCGAUAUAAGUUGAAAAGAGAUGGGUUCUGUGGGACAAGAGGGUUUAUUGCGUAAAUUUUCGACGCUGGUUCCCCAGGUCAUCGUCAGACGCAAGCGGAAAGCAAAUGUGAAAGCGAGAAACAGCUAACGUCAAGAGUGCACAAAAAAUCGAUACUUGCAUGGCGUGUGCGCCGGUUGGCGGCCGCCGUGUAUCAGCCUGAGCUGGUUGGCUCCCUUCUCUUCCAUUUCUCCUUCAGGUUUCUGUACACGGCAUAUCGAGUUGGAUGCCGUGUACAGAAACCUGAAGGAGAAAUGGAAGAGAAGGGAGCCAACCAGCUCAGGCUGAUACACGGCGGCCGCCAACCGGCGCACACGCCAUGCAAGUAUCGAUUUUUUGUGCACUCUUGACGUUAGCUGUUUCUCGCUUUCACAUUUGCUUUCCGCUUGCGUCUGACGAUGACCUGGGGAACCAGCGUCGAAAAUUUACGCAAUAAACCCUCUUGUCCCACAGAACCCAUCUCUUUUCAACCAUAUAUAUAUAUAUAUAUAUGUAGAGUAGAAGUGGUAGGCAUUCCGAGACGAUAUAAUGAAAAGGAAGGAGGUUCUUCGGAAAAAAUCGAGUUGUACAACUCGAUUUUUUCCAGCGUCCACAGAAAAGACUCCAGCGCCGAAAUCAUCCUCAACUACGGGAGUAAUCAUCCUGCGGCCCACAAAAAAAGCUGCGUUCGAACUCUUUUUCACCGAGCCUUUCGGUAUUGUAGCAGCCAGUAUCUACUUAAGAGAGAGCUAGCCUACUUAUACCAAUUAUUCCGAUCUAACGGAUAUCCGAUUAGCUUCGUGAAAAACUGUCUCAGACGUCAGAGGCAACCGCAAGAACAGAGUCCAAGUGGAGAAGCGACACAGAGGAAAUAUUAUUCCCUGCCAUACAUGCGAGGAAUUUCUGAAGUGAUGGCCCGACAACUAAACCGGUUUGGCAUCUACAUUGCCCACAAGCCGGCGUCCUCCUUACGCGCAGCACUAUCCCGGGCAAAGGAUCCCAUACCCAAAGAACAACAAAGUAACGUCAUUUACCGCAUCCCGUGUGCUAAUUGCCGUUGCGUUUAUAUUGGUCACACUUGGGACUCGCAUUAAUGAACACAAGUUAGCUAUCCGCCGACGCGACCCCUUAUCUCUCGUGUUUACCCACGCUCUUGAUUGUGACCACCGUUUCAAUUGGGACGGUGCCGAAGUGGUCGCCAUGGCUAACACUAAACAUGCACGGGAAUUCCUCGAAGCUUGGCACUCCGGUGCAGAUAGUAUUAACCGCCUUGUUGACCUUGAUGUCCACUACGAGGGUCUCCGAUCACGGUGGACUGACUGGCGUCCACCUUAAGAACAACACCAGCUAAUGCGUGCCCGGACAUGCAUGAUCUCGCCGACACGCCAUUCCUACCACCCUGCCCUACUCCCCCUCCCUCCCCCAACACGGUGAGCCACAGCUUGGACCCACAACACCUAUCCUCACCUCCCGCAGCCAUCACAACACAAUGCACACCUCCCCCUCACAAGGUCGUCUGCUUACCUCUCUGUCUGCGUCCUCAACCAGCAGUGUGACAAUGCCACCUCUCACUUUUCACUUUGUCUGACGACGGGUUGGUGCAACCAGCUCGAAAAUUUACGAGUAAAACUCUAUUUCCGACGGACUUCCUUCUUUCAUCAUAUCAUCUCGGAAUGCAUACCACUUCAGUUAUUCAGUCGCGAGUUAUUCAUUUAUUCAGUCGCGAGUUCGAGGCUCGAGUGUUCCACACUUCGGGCUUGGGUAUGGCUGGCUGACGACGGCUAAUAAGCCAGAAAUGGCCAUUCCAGUCUCCCUUGUCUUUGUCGGUAAUGCCAUCCUGCCUAUGUAUCAUAUAUAUAUAUAUAUAUAUUAUGACAGUGGGCGCUCGCCGAUCAGGUUACGGAACAUGCUCGUUCCGUUGUGCCUUGGGUUCGAAUCUCAAGUGAUCCACACUUGGGGUUGGGUAUGACUGGCUGAUGACGGCUAAUAAGCCAGAAAUGGCCAUUCCGGUCUCCCUUGUCUUUGUCGGUAUCAUCUCAUAUAUAUAUAUAUAUAUAUAUAUCAAUCUACCCGCAUACAUAUAUAUAUAUAAGCCGACUUAGGUGUUGCGUAUUAUGACGCAUGGCACCCUGGGUCAUAAGGACAGCGAAUAUUCGAUUGACGCAUCUGAACUUACUUGGUCGCUACUUGUUCUCCGUCAGGCGUUAAUCCCUUCAUCCUGCCCGUCGCCUCCCUCUGCUACAAACUGGCCGAGCGCAGAGUACAACAACGCGAACUCUACCUGAAACGUUUCUCCGCUCCUGACAGCGCUAGCGGUAACUGUAAGACUCCCGCCCCCAGCAUAUCUCUGACCUCUCCAACUAAGUCCUCAACUCGUGGGACCGCGGCGGCAUCAACGGCAAGCUCCGAGGAGACGGAUAUGGAUCGCUACGUGGAGGACCUGCGGCUCUUCCUCACCGAUGUCUUUCGUCUUCUCCGCAACUGUCUGAAUCUUAUCGGCAAGAUUGAAGAGGCAACCGCUACACGACCACCGGGGCGUCGCUCCUCCCAGUACGAUCAGGUGCCGUCUGUUAGUCCACAUGCUGACCUCAAGGCACGUGCAGUGCUGCUUCUUUGCCAACUUUAUCUCUCCACUCCAUCCGAGGAUGUUAUCGCCUGUGCAACUUCUCUCCAGAAUCCCACCGCCCCCACCCAAGAGGUAAACUUUUGGCCUGAAAUAUGCAGUUCCAUUUAUGUGAGAAAAGUUCAGGGAUGGCCCCCUGAAGUACUUGAAUUCGAAAAUUUACGUCUUCAUCUAUCCCUUCGACACACUAAUUUAGGGUUCCAGUAUCAUUCCGGACGAUAUAUGAAGUCGUAUUAGAUAGAUAGUGACCAAUAUUUACCACCCCAAACUACCGUUUUAACUUGUGACCUCUGUUGAAGAAGUUCAUUUUCCGGACCGGUGUCUGGUCGUGCCUGAAGGUAUUGCUGAUGCGUAAUUUACGGCUGCUUAUUUGUUUGAUCUGAGGGCGUAUUCACUUCGCAGCAGGCCUUCGCGAAAGGUCGUUUCAGUAUCUGAUCCCUGUGAGAGCGCCGGACAACCGGCAGCUAGACUGAUAAGCAGGCUCUGUCUUCUCCAGGUUUUGUAUCGUGCGUCAGUACUCGUGCUUUGCACAUUUACUGGCUGUAUGCUUUUAUGCUGCCGCUGGCUUUGUCACCCCUCUGUCUCACUUUUGUCUCCAGUCACCGUCCCGCAUGGCCGCACUGUAGGCCCCCCUUUCUUUUCCUGCCAGGUUUUGACGAUGGAACUGUCUGCGUUCGCGACCGGUAAUGACGGCACACAUCAACAGCAGCAACAACAACAUGAUGCAGCCAUUGAAGAGGUCCCAGCCCCCUGUGACCAACUGGAUCGCAGAACGGCCGGCGGAAGAAAACGCAUUUGCCUCGGUGAUUCAAUAAUUGACGCCUUCAAGUCUACGAAGACUGACCAAGUAUCCAGUCUAGCGGUUGCUGUGAGUACCUCUGUGUGUCUUUUUGGUCAUCUUAAAGUCCCUUUACCUCGAUCGCAUCGCUCCAUAGUUGUAUUGCAUACUUAUUUUGAUGAUUUUUGGCCUUCUGGUGCUGAUUUAAGACGUUGCCCGCAUCUGAUAAUGCAUUGGCUCAACGGUGCAAGGGCAACAUACUGCUAAACAGAUUUCAUAUUGACCCAACUGUGAAAAACUCGACGCCUCGGUGGGAUUCGAACAGAUUUGGCAAGUCCAAGAACUCGUCAUUUAUUGUAUGUAACCUAUCGGGUAUUACUUCAUACAGGAAAAGUCGUAAAUAACUGAACGCACAGUCAUGGCCUUCAGUACUUUUCAGUUCUUUUACGAGGACAUUUUUCGUAUAUUCUUCGGCCAAAAAACUAUAAGCACUCCUUACAAUUUUGGUCCGGUACAGCGUUGUCUUGUCCACUCUAUGGAUGCACCCAUUGACGAACCGGCGUAAGUAGCCAUUUGUUCAUCCCUUCAGCCGCUCAUGGGUUCCACCGUCAAAUGUAAAGUGCCUUUUGUGACAGUACUCCAGAAGUUAAAGGAGUUCGGCGUGCUCAAGACGAUUCUCCGUUUCAUCAUAUCUACUCUUCAGAAUUGAUUCAAUGUCGCGAAUUCCAAAUCCUGUAGAAUACGAGUAAAGAUUGACGUGACAUAAUAAUAUGCCGUCAUUUCGUUUGGCAGGAGGCGUACUUCACAGGUCUAUCCAAGAAUUCUGUUGACGUACUGGCUGUAGUUGCUGAAUUAGCAACCUGAACUUUGAGACGCCGGAGCAACAACCACUGACAGUCUCUAAACUGGAGUGCCUUUAAUUCAUAUGACAGGUCUGCAGCGGGCUCCGUUCAUUGAGCGCCUUGCGAAACUCCUAGGCCGUUUUUUGGGCUCUCGCCAUGCGCCGAUCCGUCCCAAUAUUGCACCCGAGUCCUGUAUGCCAACAGCAUUGCAUAGAUUCAUAUGGGACAUGGAACUGGUGAAUCUCCUGACUUCAUUAAGGCUUGGACCACAGGGGGUGAGGAUGUCGAAGAAGCCACAUUAUAAAAAAAGCCAUGGUAGCCUGACCCACAGUUCGGAGAAGAAUUGAGCUAUCCAUUCAAUUGGCAACCUUUGAAGGCACAACUUUUAGCGUUCAGUAAUAGUUUAAUGGCUUUUCAAUGUUAUUAUCGUGAAAGCACGCACUUCACCAGUUUAGCUCCCUUCUCCAUCUGCUAUUAUGUACUUCUGGUAUGUACAGUAGGUGUGCUAACUCAUGAAAUGUUUGCCGAAAUUCUGAAAUGCGUUAUCGAUUCGAAAAUAUUACUCAGGUAACGUUGUAAAAUUAAUCAUCGUGCAGCAUAAUUCUAUAAUAAUUCAGUGACCUCGGGAUGUCGGCUUUCAAACGGACUUCUUUCCGGUCUCACGCAAAAAUCGUACUUUGUAAAAAAUGACUACUUAAGUACCACACAUUUUUCUCAGUGAUUUUUGAUGCCCUUAAAAAUUCAAUUAUAAUUUGCGGAAAACAUGCAUAAAAAUAUUCAUUCUGACGAAUGGAAGAGAAUGUGCGCAUCCCAGGUUCUUGUCUAAAAGAAGACGAAGGCACGAUCACUGGGACGGUAGCUUUAUUGGUCUUAGCUUUCGAACUCGAGUUCGAAAACUACGGCCAAUAAAGCCACCGUCCCAGUGAUCGUGCCUUCGUCUACUUUUAAAUAUUCAUUCUUUUACUCAUUUGGUAAAAAUUACGUUUGCUUCCAACUUUAUGCUCAAAGAAAGGGUAUACCCUUUCUUCGAGCAUAAAGUUGGAAGUUGGUUUUCAAAAACUUCAAUAACUGAAUAACUUUGAAUCUACCAUCAAAUUUGCAUUCAGGGUUUCCAAACUGCAAGCCACAUAUUUUUCGCGUACGGAAGCCAUACAUUUCUCUACGGUAUUACGAGGAGACCAAAUGGGGUUCGUAAAAUUUAGCAGCGGAUUUGAGCCAUAUUGUAAACUUUACAAACCGCAUUAGCAAAUGCAGAGACAAGAUGUUUUAUGAACGGGCAUUUCACGGUAUCAAAAAAUCUCAUAAUUAGAAACUUUUUAAAAACCAAAUUAUGCCCUGUCUUCGAGUAUGAAGUUGGAAAAAGACGUCAUUUUCUACCAAAUGAGUAAAAGAAUAAAUAUUUUAUGCUUGUUUUCCAUGAAAUAAAGUUAAAUUUUUUAGGGCAUCGAAAACCACUGAGGAAAAUGCGUGGUACUUAAGUAGCCACUUUUUACAGUGUGGUUUUUGCAUGCUGCCGGAAAGAAGUCCGUUUAAAAGCCGGCAUCCCGAGGUAACUUUUCGAAACGAAAACGUAUUUCAGAAUUUCGUUUAACACUUUAUGAGUUAGCACACCUACUGUAUGAGUCAGUGACUGAAAGAUUAUGACACCUGACGCACCGCCUAACGUGGCUGGAGCCUCUGUCCAACACAUGCUGAUUGUCUGCGUGACCGCUGUUUGGUCGUGCGCUACUGUGCGGCUCGUCUUGGUAGCCCAGCGUUGCGAAAGACUCUGGCUAGGCACUGUCAGUCCGAUAGCUCGGUUUCUAGCACUGGUGUUCCUAACCCUAGAAGAGAUCCAUGGGGCUUUAUCGGCGGCGACACCUCUGUCGGUCGUCGGAAACGACGCUGCACGGCCUCUACACAGUGGGGAUUUACCUACGGACCACUCCACGGAGAAUCAACACUUUGUUGUCCCGCUGCCCUCAUUUCCUCCGCUCCGGAUGUCGUAGCGAUCGGAAGUAAGACCGUGGCUCGUAGUCGCCUUAACGGCACUCACUUACCUGUCGGAGGUCAUCUAAACUAAUAGGCUGGUUUAUUGGCCAAGUAUUCUGCAGUUGGCGUCAGCAUCGAGAAGAGCGCACUGCCGACCCUGAUCGGGAAUACUUGUACUGAGAACUGUACUAUAAAUUUAUUCGCAUACUUUGUCUGUCCGCAGUACCUUGAGGCUUGUUCCUUUUUGUGUUAGCUAUUUGAAGCAGUCUGCUCGCCAGAACGAACAACAAUCGCGGACUCCAUGCCGCUGAGCCUCGCCGUCGUGCCACCAUGGCAGAGCGAAAGUGGCAGCACCACUGCUGACGGCCAGGAAUCCAGCCUCCAAGUCUACACAGAACGCCGGCAUAGAGCCAGGAGAAUGAUGCCCUUCGUCUUGGCACGUAGCGCUCUCACCCGCGCUGGUCGCCUCUGGACGCGUGUUUUUGGUGCCACAGCCCAGGGCCUGGCGCCGAACCUCCUCAGUCGCCUUUUCGAAGCCGUCCGCCUCUCCUUCUGCAGUCUCUUCUACUUUGGUGAGUAGCCUACCUUGGCAUUUUCUGUCCGACCCCUGUUACGUAUCGUCACAUUGCUUUCGCUGGCCGCAUCGCCUGGAGUUUGCACGGGUUGCUUCCCCUGUUGUGCUGAGGAUUUAGCUCAUUUUCGGCAAAAACGCUGUUCUUUUCUCUGGAGCUGCUUCGCCUGGAUUACCGUAUGGCUUGGGGUUUUAUCUUGUAUAUGCGCCCUUGAGACUUGGGGGGGGGGGAGGUUGACACGAAUCCGCAGACCCGUUUGCCCUACUGGGGUCUAUCUUACGACCACUUUGUCUAAAACUGGUAGCGCAUCCAUCCUUCCUUUUUGUUGGCUGUACUAGUUUUAUCAACCAGAAGUGUUGUCGAGAUUUGUUAUCACUUAGCGAACUGACAACUCUCCCCAUAAAGCUCUCAGAACUUCAAGUCGAACCAUGAUCGCUUAGGCAUAGCCGUAAUUGGAAAACCUAACCGUAAUACUGAAACCUAGUCGUACGCUCAAACCUUAACUGUAACCUUAAAACCUAAGCCUAAAGGAAUAACCCUAACCCGAAAAUCGGAAACCAUUAACCAGUACCCUUAUCCUAACCUCAAACGUAAAACGGAAGCCAAAUGGGUCAGAUGUGAUUAUGGAGCCCCACAAAAAAGCCCCAGUAAACAACCCCCCUCCCCGCCACCUGUAAUACGGGUCCUGACUACCAACUGCGAUCCAGCCAGUUUUACCAACCAAAAGUGUUGUCGCUUUUGUGAGUUGAUUUUAGCGUUUUUCCCCUUUCCCGAAAUACUGUCGUCUGGCAAACUGUGGAGGUCUUGAUGAGUUGUUGACCGCUCUUUUCGCCAUAUGAAGCCUGCUUUGGUAACAUUUCAACACUCGGCUUCUUUUUGUUUGAUCAGUAAUAGUUGCGACGUUGCUGACGGCAGUUCAUCCCUCCCUUUGUUACAUCUCUUCCUUGCUUAAUGCGUUUUAGAGCAUUUACUGCCUGAUGAAUCCAAAUGCCCACACUGUGGCCACACCAGCCAACCCGACGACAUCGCAUACCUGCAACAGCAGCAACAGGAGUCUACUGUCUCGUCAACCUCCCCGAUUUACCUUCUCGCAUCCGCUCGUCGCCUCGCCCUCCUUGCCUUCCACACACUAGAGGAUGCACGCCAACUCAGUUCUCGACCUUCCUCUGGCUCCUGGCCGGCGCCAAGUGCCUCGGAGGCCGCUGCGGAUCGUGGUUUUUUGUUCGACAACCUUUUGGCCCUCUGUCCGCCAGGACACCGGCUUCUCUUGUGUCAGGUGGACGGCGCCAUACAUGGGCCAGCCUAUUCUCAACACGUCUGCAAGUCGUUGUGUGUAAGUUGCAAUGCGUUAAGAUAGGUUUACAUCAUUUACUUGUUGGUGUUACUGGUUAUGUGCCCAUUUGCAAGCGUUCUAACAGGUAAACGUGGAGUAGGCGUACUCCAACUAAAUGGGCGUCACUUCCACUUACAUUGGAAAAGCAAAUUUAACAACUCACAUAUGCACGUCUGGUGGGUAGUGGCUGUCGCUUAAUUGACCUCCCAGCGUAUGAAGGAAGCUACACGGGGACCACUUUUAACCAGUUGAGCCACGAUUGCGCAUUCCGACCCGCGUCCAACCACACCGCGUUACAGCGACAAUACGCGAAAAGCCAACUCCGACAGCCGUCACCUUUCCUUAGACCUCAGAACCAAGUCCUUAUUCAUCCCACUUCUUUGGUGCGUUCAGACACUUUCGGCCCUCUUCCCCAUCUAUUUUCAUUGAUUUUUACUCUUUCAUGACCCUACCAUGGGGUUUAUUAUUAUAUCAUAUAUAUCACAUAUGUCAUAUACACCUAAGAAACAUAUGUUCGCCGACUUCGACUUGGUGAAUUUUAUUCAUUUCUUGACACUUCCUCAAAGACCAAUUGGACAAUUGUGCUCUUCACUUCAUCAGCGUACUGGGGGUCCCAGAAUCGGCAACAGUCAAACUUUCCUGUUCUUAUAAAAUCUCGAUUUAAGUUCGCCGUAACUCUGCCUCGAUCUUGAACGGAAACCCCCGCUCGACUGCACGAAGUAACAAAACCUCGCCCUACUGGAAGUGUUGACGUGCCGCUGGUGCAGCAAGCUUUGAGUUUACUUUCACGUCCCCGUAAGAGCGGUGGUCUUCAUCGUUAGUAAUUGUAAAAAGUGAAUUAAAGGUUUUAAAUGUCCCCUUUUUUCUGGCACGGUACCGGCCCGCCAACUAUUUUUGAUCUAAUAACAACCUCACUUAAUUCUUUUCAGUAGUGCACAUUUUCUCAUUUGUAGUUUAGUACACACGUAGUUGCUUGUCAAGUUCAGGAUAGGCUUUUUAAUUACAUCGCCAAUUAUCCUCAAAGUAUACCAAACAAUGGUACUGAUUGAAUGCGUGAACGAAAGGUUUUAUUCCUAUAAAAUACACACUUGUUUGAUUUGGCCAUGUUACGCUAGGGUUUAUCCGUGGUAAGUCGCUUAGGAUUAGCAUUUAGGGUUAGGAUUCAGGGUCAGGCUUAGGGUUGGGGUUAGGGUUAUGGUUAAGUUUGCCUGCCGCAUACCGUCCUGUCCAAUCUGGUGUUCCUUGAUCAAUAAUCUUUGAUUACCACUUUUGCUGGCCGCUUAAACGUCACCUAAUUCGCAACUUUCAGAUUGCGCGGUCUGUUCCAGUACAUCGCUGCAGUAGUUAAACAAACAUAUGGCUGAAAUGCGGACUUUCUCAAGGCCUUCUGUAGAAUACUUUAUCUGUGGCAUCCGUCCACCCUAUUGAUAAAACUAACAUAAACAUCCUUCCUGUAUUACAGGAGCGCCUCUGUGCUCCGUUUUCUCAGUGGACUUACAUAUUCAGUUCUUGCUCAGUCGAUGUUGAUUUCUUUUGCAGACUUUCACCUCUCCAACUGAAUGUAGUCUCGCAUCUUGGCUGGACUGCUUGGAGACGAUUAUGUAUCGCUGUCUCAAAUACCUCCUCCCUCUGUUACAAUACAAAUCACCGGCGAAGCGUACUGCCAGGGACGCGGCCGCAGAAGGCCUGGCCACCUCCAAGGAGUUCAACUCCCAGGUUCCACUCGCUUCCCUGCCUAAAUUCUGGCCAAUCAGUCUGAACCUUUUCCUCUCAGGUCUUCGGAGGUACUGGGAAAUCGUCCAGAGUUCCACUGAAGUGGGUCAUCUUGUCUGUACAUAUGUACUUAUUUUUGAAUCUGACUUCAAUUUUAACAGGGCUUGUUUUUUGGAGCCAGCGACAAUGUCGCUUCAGAAGUUAAGAAGUAAUAUUGGGCAAAUGUCGCUUGUUCUGUCCCUCGCCGUUAAGUAAGACAGUGGGUGGAAUUGCAACAACUGCGUUUGUAAGCGGUGGGAGAAGAGGCGGGCGGAAGGUAUGGACUUCUAAGUGCCAUGUGACGGUAUGGGGAAGAGUGCUUACGACCACAAUACUUUUACGACACUCUUAUCGCCAUGGCUUAUCUAACCGAAGCUGACUGUUCCCCGUCCACUCUGAUAGUGAAUGACGAUUAACAUACUCAUCCGUCUUUGGGAUGUGUAAAUAAGGCAACUCUUUGCAAUCACGUGCCAAUCGGCAUCACAUUUGAAGUCAUUAUGUUGUCCGGCCGGGGAGGCAUGGUUAAACCAAAGCUUCCUUCAGGCUAACCCGCUUAAGGAGCCUCUUAAAUCAUAUUACUGUUAAUUGGACAGCUUUUUCCCGCAUAUUUUGGUGCUUGUCGUUUUGAUUUUGCAUGGUCGACAACUGGCCUUGGAGACAACUAGAUAUUUAUUUUUCUGCAAAAAUUCCCAUAUUACGAUUUAAACGUCCGUUGGCAAACAUGUUUUCAGUAACUUAUGAUCAGGCCAAUACAUUUACAAUGGUAAUGAUCUUUUUAAUAGUGGACGGGAUAUAAAGAACUACUUACGCGAUGCAUACAGAAUUUCCAGUCCCUCUGCAACGGCCAGCUAUACAAGCAAAUAGGCGGUGUGGCAAUGGGUUCAUCGCCUGCACCGUUUCUCACCAAUGUCCUCAUGGGCAAGGUCGAGCAAACGAGUCUCAAAGGUACCAUUCAUGACCUUGACUUCUACGGUCGACACAGACGAUAUCUUUUGCUAUACGAGUCAUACCACCGGCAUCGAUGGCCUGGUUCAGAAGUUUGACGGGGCGCACCCCUCUCUGAUGUUAACCGCAGAGACUGAGGCGAAUAACGAAAUCGCGUUCCUCGAUGUUCUUCUACACAGAUAAGAGGAUGGAUCCAUCCAAUGCAAGAUAUUUAGAAAGAAAACCUGGACGAGACAAUACAUUAAUUUUCACAGUUUUGUUCCUCUAAAUCUAAGACGAAAUUUAGUCCAGUGACUGGCGGCUAGAGUGCGACGCAUCUACUCUCCUGAAACUUUUGAAGCAGAACUCCAUCAGCUGCAAGACACGCUCCGCGAAAACGGCUAUCGGAAACGAAUGGGAGAAGGUCCCCAAACACACACGACCAGCCAAAGGUGGUUUGUCUUACGGGAAAUGUGGUAACAGGGAUCUUACGGGUGGGGCCUAUGUAUGCAUAGAGGAAUGGCUAAAUAGGUAUAGAUAAUUAGUAGAUUUGUUUUUCGGUUAGAAAAGUUUUAAUGCAUUGACAUGUAGCAAACAAAAUUAAGCAGGACAAUUAAAAAAUUAACAUUAAGUGUCUACAACGAUCGCUCAUCAACUCUCUGAGCUAAGGUCAUUGUAGAUAAUGCACCAGACCGUCUACAACAGACGACCCAACCUUGUACGAUGAAACAGCAAACCGAAAUAAUUGUGUCGGACCUAAAUCCACUUCAAUAAGAAAGUAUUGUUUGCAUGCCACAGAUGUUUGGGGGCCUUAACCCGAUCCUUAGCACCCCUACUACGGUUGGGAGCCAAAGACCGACUGCCGUUACAGGCCACAUCCAUGUGUAUUUAUUCAUUCACCUGCACUUGUGGAGCGAGAUAUAAUGGUCGUACAAGUAGGCGUAUGGAAGAGAGGGUACGCGAACACAUGCCUGUCUGGCUAGGUAGAGGUGAAAACCGAUCGAUUUUGAGUUCAAUUCUUGCACAUCUAACCGAUAAGCACCACCAAGCCGACGCUAAAGAAGCUUUUAAGGUUAUCUACCGGGCACCGGCACAUUGCCCUCAAGGCCUGCACAAACGGGUGCUAGCCACAGCCGAAGCAAUGGCCAUUCGACUAGCGAACCCAGCGCUCAUUUGUCAGAAAACGUUGACACAAGCAGUCUGUCUUUCUUGGCCGACUCAAGGUGGCAAUCGCACCCCGUCCCGACGCCCUGAUAAUAGUCACACGCACUUUCAGCGCUUAUAAUCUAACCGGAACCCCUCUCCUUCCCCAACUCCACCGUCCUCAACACGUUGACUCCGUCAUAUGGGCGGGGUGGGAGUAUGGAGUCUGACCAUCCCUGCUCCUGAGACGCAUUUAUAUCCUGUCUACAAUUAAAAAGAUUAUUGCCCAUGUAAAUGUAUUGGCCUGAUGAUAAGUUACUGAAAACAUGUUGGCCAACUGACUUUUCAAUAUCAAUGUUUACUUAGAACCCCGUUCACCUGCCAAUGAUUAGGAUAGUCACAGUUUCGCAGCGGCCGUCAAUGCGAUUAGACGCUUCAGGGGGGAUUUUUCGCCUCCAUCAUCGUUCUACAUGCUUUCACGGUUUUUUUACUGCACCUCCAAGUCCAUGCUUCGGGCGGCGAGACACUUGUUUUUCGGCCCCCCCCCCUCUCCCCAACUGACGCACCCGAAGAAAUGUCUGUAAAUCAUCGUUUCUAUGCUCGAGUUUGAUCACAAUUCAACUUAUCCAGUUUCCUUCUGAGACAAGAUAAUUUGAUGAGUGAUAUAACGGACACACAGAUCCUACGUCUAGCGUAAGGUUACUUUAACAAUUAGAAUUCGAACUCCUACCUGUUUUUAUAUUCCGUGCUACCGUAGGCCUGAUUGCCUUUUCUCUCGCAUGUGCAAGUUAGUCAAGUCUUUACAACUCAUGCCGGAAUUCUCGUGCUGUACUUGAGAUUUAAACAACUAUAUUUAUGGGUUCUAGCUAUUCCGAGGCUAACCUGAUAGUGAAACAGUUCGAUUUUGUUUAUUUCCCGGAAACGCUGUUAUUGUUUAACACAUCUGAUGGCUGCAUUUAUUUCCUCCUGAUCCGUAUUCAUUCGCUUUCAUGUCUGAUCACUUCACAGGACCCCGAGCUCAGAGGUCGCUUCGAAAUGCGUCUUGUCAGGGCCUUUGACCUCCUUAACGACCCCUUGUUCAACUCCUAUCGUGACCUCCUUAGUACGGAUCUUCGUGUCCUCCUCUGCACCCUGCAAUUCCAAGCCGUCAAGCUGGCCACCGUUGCAGCGUCCCAUGUGUUAAUUCCGCGUGUCGAGCCCCCGAACCUGGAUGAUGGACGAGGCGACGGGCCAUCGGGAAAGCAACAACUGCCUCUGGUGAUGCGAUGUCUGUGCAAGGCCAUCGACGCUCUCGUCCCCGGUCUAAAUAUUUUCACCGAACAGUCGCCAACGGACUUGCGUCUGCUCAGCAGUCUCACAAGUGAUCUCCUGCGCACUGCCAUUGAGUACUCGGCCAUUGGUAUGCGGGAGUUCUCUCAGCAGGAAGUACGUCAGCUUCGCCAACUUCAUUUCCUUCAGUUUAGUGUCGGUUAAUGCAUUAGUUGGAGUAGUUAUCUAGUACGCUGGAGUGCCCAUCUCUGGCCUAUUCCCCAUCGACAGCCAGUGAUACUCCAACCGCAAGUUGCAUACCUGAGGUUUAGAUUCGAAUCGGUUACUCGUCACUUGAGUUACGGACCCACGCCAUCUCGUCUAAGCUCAGCGAUAUUUAGACACGUAGAUGUGGCGUGCAUUGGUCUACCCUGAUUGUAGAACGGAAUUAGUCAUUAGAUGGAUCCGCGCCGUUGUGCGACUGCUGGUGGGACACGAGAGAGAGAGAAAGAGAUCUCCAAGGCACAAUGGGACGAGUGAGUUCCGUAACGGGAUCGGUGAGCGUCCCUCUACCAUCCCAGAAUACAGUGCGUGACCGAUCUCAUGAAAUGUUAGCCAACAUUCUGGAAUGCGUUUCCGAUUAGGAAGGGUUACUUAGGUGGGGUUGUUAUACUGAUUAUCAUGCAGCAUAACCCUGUAGCAUUUCGGACUCGCCAGGAUGUUGGCUUUUGAAUGCACUUCUUUUUGACCUCCUACAGAAACCACACUCGGUAAUAAAUGACUACUUCUAUAGCAUGCAUUUUUCCUACUGAUUCUCGAUGGUCUCAUAAAUUCCAAUGCAUUUUACAGAAAACAUGCACAAAAAUAUGCUUUCUUUUGCUCAUUUGGAAGGAAAUCACAUUAUCUUUAUAUUUUAUGUCCGAAGAAAGUGUAUAUUUAGGUUUUAAAAAGUUUCACGAUUCCCGAAUAAUUUUCAGCCUGAUCUGCCAUUGCAUCAGCGUUUGGCAAUUUCAGUCUACAAGGUGCACGCUUUUCGCGUAAGGAAAAUCAUAUAUUCCUCUAACCCGUUAAGAAGAUAUCACAUAGAGUCCAUGAAAAUUUGCAAUGGAUCCGGACUGUGUUGUGCAUUUCAUGAGGAGCAUUAGUAAACGGACCUGUGCGGUCUUGCAUGCAUGGACAUCACACGGUCUUAAAAACCUCAUAAUUAUAAACUUUUUUAAAACCUUAAUAUGCACUUUCUUCGGGUAUAAAAGAUAAAGAUGAUGUGGUUUUCUUCCAAAUGAGCAAAAGAAAGCAUAUUUUUGUGCAUGUUUUCUGUAAAAUGUAUUUGAAUUUAUAAAACCAUCGAAAAUCAAUAGAAAAAAUGCAUGCUAAUUAAGUAGUCAUUCUUUACCGAUAGUGGUUUCUGCAGGAGGUCAAAAAGUGCAUUCAAAAGCCGACAUCCCGGCGAGUCCGAAAUGUUAUGGGGUUAUGCUGCAUGAUAAUCAGUAUAACAACCCCACUUGUGUAAUCCUUCCUAGUCGGAAACGCAUUCCAGAAUUUUGGCUAACUUUUCAUGAGAUCGGUCAAACACUGUAAUUAGCCAAGCGGGAAACGCGCAGGCGAGCAUUGUUAUUGGUAGACAAAUAUUGCCGACAGAGAAAAGGGAGACUGAAAUGGCUACUUCUGGCUUAUUAGCCGUCAUUGGUCAAUCCCCAGGAUUUGCAACCGCCAGACUUAUGUAUGGCCGGCCGAUGACGACUAGUAAGCCAGAAGUGGCCACCCCAGUCUCCUUUUUCUUUGUCGGCAAUGUUUUUCUACCAAUGACAGCGCUCGUCUUCGUGUUUCCCGCGUGGCUAAUAAUUCAGGGAUGGUAGAGGGACGCUCACCGAUCCCGUUACGGAAGUCACUCGUCUCGUUGUGUCUUGGGGCUCUCUCCAGUCCCACUAGCAGGCGCGCAAUGGCGCGUAGUAUAGGCAGAAUAGAAUUGUUGACAAAGGGAGACUAGAAUGGCCAUUUCUGCAUUAUUGACCGUCGUUAACCAGCUAUAUCCAACCUCGAGGCGCUGCGACCCGUGGUGCUUGAUCCUGUUGGUUAAAAGUUUAACACCCUGAUUACUGAGCCCCAGGGGUUACACACCUCGGGUUUGGGUAUGGCUGACUGACUACGCCUAAUAAGCCAGAAGUGGCCAUUCUGGCCUCCCUUGUCUUUGUCGGCAAGCGGCCAUUGAAAUAACAUACAUCUCAGCUGAACUCAUAUUCUGCAGCCAUACUAAGGCUAUCCAAGUUCCACGGACGAAGGAUGCCUUGCCAUUGCACGCCACGUCACAUUGUGUUAACGAAUUUACAUGUACUUGUGGAUGCAAGUACAUUGGGCGAACGCUAGGGCAACUGGCAGCCAGGUCAGUUGAGCACCUGCCUAAAUGGCUUCUAAAGCAGGAGAAUAAGAUUACACGGUCUUCUAUUACAAAACAACUCCAUGAUAUCGGUCAUUCGGUUGACCCCAAAACAUCUUUUUGAGUAUUAGUUCGAGCACGAACAACUCGGUUACUGCGCUACCUGGAGGCAGCCUACAUACGGCGGGGGUAACCCGACCUAUGUAAACAGUUAGACCACGUGGUCAACCUCAGCCUGCCCUGGUAGAUCUGAGCCCUUUUGAUUUACAAAAUCCCUCGGCGUGUUAACUUCCCCACUUUCUUUCCUAUGUCGCGUUUUGAAGUUACCAUUUUAUUGAUUAGUCUACGUGCAGUAUACGAUGACCUUGCUGUUUUGCAUUGAUUCUCUCUGUGGAAGUUCAAACCUCUGUAUCUUUCUCGCAUGUUAUCUGUGUUAUGCAGCGACAGGCUGCAGUUGAUAAACCGUCGCGAAAUUUACUGGUUCCAAUAAAUUCUGCUGUCUAUGCCUAUUUUGCUUAAUUAUUCUGCCCAGACCGAGCCCCAGCAAUAAAUAUGGGGGGUCAUUACACUUGUUAAUUGACCGGUGGGGAGCGAUGCACUAUGACUCAAACUUCACGCCACUAACGCGAUUGUCGCCUCUCGCUGGAAUUUCGGCCUCCUCGAACUUGAAUGUGUGGCCGAGUCUCUUCCAAUCAGAUGGGACUUACAAUUAAUUAUUAGGAAGUAACACUCACUCAGAAGGCUCACUCACGGCCUCUGACAAUCCUGGCGAUCUCAUUCAAAGCUAUAGUAUUGUCAGAGGCCGUGAGUGCGCCCUAGACUUUCAUAAAUUCUUGGAAUUGGCCAGGACUGCCCGUCUGCGUGGUCAUCCCUUCAAACUGCAGAGGAAGCUGGCUCAUUCGGGCGUCCGACGGAACGCCUUCUCUCACAGGGUCAUUGGAGCAUGGAACGGACUCCCCGAUGCGGUGGUUCUUUCCGAAACUAUCGAAUCCUUUAAUUGUAGACUAGUUGCUCAUUUACUGAGAAACUACUGUACAUAUAAUCACGAUUGUUUUAGCGGCGGCAGUUUGCGCCUGACCCACACCUACCGCCAACUUUUGACUUUCCGCAUUUAAUAAUAUUUUUAUUAAAGAGCCGUCGGGGGAUGUAAUUGAUGAUUCUAUUUCUGUUUAUAGAUAUGAAUAGGGAGCUCAAGGGCGAAAGCCUCAUCCCCUUAAUAAACCGACUUAAAACACUUCAGUCCCGGGCUGUAUGUCCGAGAUUCUGACCCCCAGUGUCUAUGGGAUGAAGGUACUCCGGAGAAAUCGAGCUAUGCUCCUGACUUUUCAACCCAUUGUAAAAAAAUUCGUCGGACGAAAUGAACACUAGGGGCGGGAGGGUGUGAGGCGGCAAAACACAGCAGUUGUAGUUUUCUGCAGUUGUGUAGGGAUGACAGUGGAGAACGGGCAAAAGUUCGUGAGACUCGGAAUGGAUAACGAUUUAGUGACCAGGCGGCCGACACUACAUGGACUAUCUUUCUUUGUGCCCUAACAGUCGGCGAGGCGUAUGUAAAUGCGAGUUAAGUCCACCGGAUUUGGGAGGUGGUAAUGCUUCAGUGAGCAAACAGACGUCCAGAAAUGAGCCAGUCGCGUCUUCCUCUUGCUGUGGCUACGGUAAAUUCGAGUCAACCUGACUCCUGGUAAAAUCGAGCACAGUGGUUGAGGUGAUAAAAUGCCGUUGUCUGCAUGUCCAACGCAUAUGUUGACGCCUCACCUGAUGAGAAUUGCUCUGAUACCUAAUAAGGGAGCUGUUGAAACCUGUCCGUCAGUACAGUCAACCGUGUUGCAAAACUUUGCAAAUCAUUACUUUUGGAGCUUCCAGACAUUUUAAACGCGUUUCGUCUUUAUCAUAGCGAGGAAAGUUCGCACAGAGUUAUCUUCACCAUCUCUUCUGUCCUGCUAGUCUUUCCGUGACAAGUUCGGAUCAAGCCAACUUAAAACGAAAUUAGACGACGUAUCGUGGAUCUUCCGCCUAAAACGUUCCGCAUACCCCUUUAACUCUUGUUCAUUUUCGACGCAAAAGGCAGCUUGUUUUGGGAGCUUAAUUUCCACUUGCCGUCUUCCGGGUGCUCACUCGCGUAUUAUUUACCAACUUCUUAGCAUUUAUUUUGCCCUGACUCUAUCUCAACUCUCGCUAACUGAUGGCCAGACAUUCUUCCGUAUGCAGCUUGAUAAUCUCUUCUAAGUUUACUAUUGUGUGCGCGUCUUUUUCUCCAAGUGAUAAUCCACGGGACCACCGUUGUCUCUGCACAACUGUGCCUAUUAAUGGCCAUUUGUGGCCUGUUAGCCGUCGUCAGUCAAUCAUACCCAACCCCGAAGUGUAGAACACCCGAGGCUCGAACUCGCGACCAUUAUGCCUAUAUCAUGCGCCGCUGUGCGGCUUCUGGUUGGGCUCGAGAGAGAGCCCGUAAGGCACAACGGAACGGGUGAGUUCCGUAAGAACGAUCGGUGAGCGCCCCCUACCAUUGUAUAUUCCCGAUCGAAAACCGACAGGGCAACGGGCUCGUGACCCAGUGGUUAGAGGCGUGGACUUCUAACUAACAGGUCGCGAGUUGGAGCCCCGAGUGUUCCUCACUUCGGGGUUGGGUAUGACUGGCUGACGACGGCUAAUAAGCCAGAAAUGGCCAUUCCAGUCUCCCUUGUCUUUGUCGGUAAUAGCAUUAAGCCAGAAAUGGCCAUUUCAGUCCUUCUUGUCUUUGUCGGUACUAUCAUUGUGUUUAUUACUUCCACUCUCAGUUUUAUAUAGCUUCCAUCUGUGUCGCUUAUGAUAACCGCACCAUUUAAGGAUCUGGGACAGAGUGCGAUUAAUCACGAGCAUGCAAACGUUGAGUCACUGUCCCCUAAUCAGCUUUUUUCUCUUCCACACAUAGUGUAAACCCUACUGGUUGCUGGAAGACGUCAGCAAUGUCCUCAAGCGAGUUCAAAAGUUAUUGCCCUUCCAGUUGAACAGUCUCUUUGCACUCACCGGCGACCCUUCCUCCUCGACCGGACGACGGAAGGGGGUGACAGGCAGCUCGGUACUGGAAUAUGCCAACUUUGGCCCUGAGAUUGUUCGGUGUGUGGUCUACUUCCGUCUACACACUGCCAAAGUCGCCUUGUUGCAGGUCCAGUACUCACACUUGGCUGAAUCCGAGAGUCAUCGUGGCCCGAUGCAUAAUCCCACCGUCUGGUCGGGCAUGGUGGGUCAGAUGCGCGCUGCCAUCACCUGGCUCGAUAGGAACCUGCCGCCACAACUUUUUGAAGUCCGGCCCUCGCCGGCACCGCGCCGUCAAAAACGAUCUGUUCGCCAACAACAGGAGUCAGUUGCCAGUGUCGCCUACCCGCCAACAUUUGCGGAAGACGCCCUCCUCUACAUCUCGGCGGUGGUUUGUUUCGUCAGCCUGCAGAUUGUCCACGUUGGUAAGUUCCACUGUCGGCUGAUCCUUCGAAAGUCAUCAGUAAGGGAUACGGCCUCCCCCGUUACGCAUUUCUACAACGCGCCUAAGAUUAAAAUUUGGGUGCUCCAAUUGUUUGAUGCCAAGCUUUAUAAUUCAGUCUAUUUCAACCGAGACGUCAGUAUGUCGAAUCUCAUCGCCAUAUGCGGAAUAACCGGCCCCUGAGGGACAGUCAAUAGUGCAUAAAUGUGAGUAAAGUUCAAUCUAUCAUACUCCUUGCACAGGUCUUAACUAGAAGUUCUGACGCGUGUCUCUCUGGUUUUAUGCCUCAGUGUUCGGCUAAUAGAUGGGUCCCUCAGUGUUGACCGUAUGGCCAAUGGCUUGUCCUUUGAAUUUCGUCAGAAAUUAAUGUGUGACCGUGAGUUUAGUCUUCGCAGCGUUGUUGCCUUUUAGUCCCCUCGUCUUCCAGUGAAAAACCGGUGCAGUCUGCAUUCUGCCUUGGAGCCCCGGGUCUAUUGCGCAGAGGCGAGCAGUCAACCAUUGCUGAGUGUUACCGACAAAAUUAGGAAAAAUUAAAUGGGCACUUUGAGUUCACUAACUGCCAUCAUUUACUAAUAUUUGUUCCCCUCUUCAAUGAACUAGAUGUUGACUACGACUUGUUGGUUUUGUUUGGGCAACGAAGUGCGAACUUAUAAGCCCUUUUGAUUUUACUUGCUGCAACGCAACACUAGGGCUAUUUAACUCGUGAAAUUUUGAGAACUUUGAGGCCAUCUUGAUUUUAUGAGCCGUUGCCCCACUUUGUAUUUUUCCUUUUGUCUUUGCUUGAUAUUAACAAUCCGCGGACGUUCGUUUUGAUGGCGUGUCAGCAUAUCUUCUUCCUGUCUUCCCCCCCCCCCCCUCAGAAGUUUUGUCGGAAUCAGGAAUUCACCAGCUGAUUCGUGAGGCCCUCGGUGCCCAUCCGGUGGUUGCCUCACUCUCACACUGGCUCACUUCCCUCGGCAAAGACGGCACUGCCAUCCCUGAAGAGGAUUUGUGCUCGAAUAUGCUCCAACUGGACCGUAUUUUGCAGUGUCUGGUGUCCACCCUCUACACCAAGACCACCAACCAACGCAGUGUGGAUAUCGCGCUGGAGGCGAAGAAGAAGAAACGACGAGCUCGACGAGGUGCUGGUGGCGGCGGCAGCGGCAACCUCGCUGGCAACACCGGUCCCACCGCGGAUUCGGGCGCAUUGCAGCAAGUAUACACCCUUCUGAAGCCUAAUCUGCCCUCUGAGGCGAAUUCUGCGCAGGACAGUGCUCUGAAGUUUAUAGACAAGGACACGCCAACCAGCCUGCCGGAGGUGUCAUGUUUGCUACUUUCUCACAUGGUAGCUGUCGCUCAGUAUUUAGAGAGUAAAACCGCCUGACACAUGACAACAAUGACGUGGAUGCUUUGUUUACUCAUUUCUGCCUUGUAUCGACAGCUGCACCCUCCCUGCAUCUCCAGUUCAGUGUAUAGUGUCGCCUAAACUUUGACUCAUGUAUAUAUUUAUGGUUCAGACUUGAAUGGCAUUUCCCUUUAUUGACCUCAGCGCUUUCCCAAAGCCGCAGGUGAAUUCGGCGCCGCUGUGGGCUAAGAGGUUGGCCCUGCAGUGACCUGCGAGUGAAUUUGUUUAUAGUGAGGCAAGAAAUCGCUCCACAACCCUUACUCCCUCUACCCACACACACACCCUAUGCUCCACCGGCAAGGUAAGGUCAGGGUCAGAAGUGGGCGUGUCGAAUGUAGUGUGGUCGACAAGACAAAGAUUCCCAAUCGUAAGUCAGGGAAGACGUAGUGAGUUGGACAACCUUUACUGUUUUGGAAGUGCGUACACAAAGGUUCUGUGGGCAGUCGUCUCCGCGAGCGCGCUCUCCAGGCAAGUCGUUGUCUGUGUCCGCCUUCGAAGUGCUAAGACCCAGCGCGUGUGUGCGUCUUUCGUUGUCUCCGUGUCCGCCAGCCAAUCAGAGGGGGGGACAGCGUUGAUUGGCCUGGAGCACCCGCGAGGCUAGUGACAAGCCUCGCGUGUCCCAGCAACGUAUCGACAAGGAGUGUGGGGCGGACAGUAAGGCAGCGUGCCAAAGGCAGAGGACAAGGAGAUGCGAACUGCCACUGGCGCGCGCUCCGGUUGUUAGCAAAACUAAAAUCUCCGUCUUCACGUGCCACACACAAUCUGCCACUUGGAGCACACGUGCCGAGCCACACAAAAUAACACUUUUUACGUAGGUGAGAUGUGCACAUUCUCACCUGUGACCUUUCAUGCGUCUUGCCAAUGCUGACAAAUGUCAUCGUAUGCAUUAUGCAGACGUGUUGUGUGAUGUAAUUAUCGCGUGUGAUAGAAUGGGCUCAUGUGCAGACUAAGGUAGCUUGCAUGUUCAGGUAGGACGAAGUGUUAUUAGGAUGUCCAGGGUGCUGUCUUACUGAAGAUUUUCGUGUACACGCAUGUGACCCAAUAGGUCAAACUGUGUCGAAAUGUCCUGGGACAAAAUGGACAGUUAGGGCGCGCAUGGCGAGUGGAUGCCGGGAUUCCAGGUACUAUCUGACCUGUCGCACUGCGGUAGAUUCGUAAAUGAUCAACCAGACUGACGUGCGAUUCGGGUGUGCGGUCCUAAUGGGCAUAGGUUGAAAGUUAAUACGUAUUUCCUGUGGAAGGGACGAUGGUGUGGCUGGAUGGAUAACUGGGCGGUCGCGUUGACAUUGCGCUGGGUCCGAAGAUGUUCAGCCAGGCAAAUCUGUGCCCUGAAUAUCCGCUGACAACGUUGACAGUAUGGUGGGGCUGGGUGCAUGUUUUGCUGUUUCGCGGCAGCUGAGCCACUGCCAUUUGGUUGACUGUGAAAAUGGCUGCUCCAGUCCCAACGGCAGACUGCUGUGCCUGUCGAUUCUGUGCGAGCCCUUUUCAUGUCUCAGGGUUAGCUUGUAGGUCUCUAGCACAAGUCUUCGGAAGGCUCUUGGAUCGUCGAUUCGGUCCCCGUUGUGCUUUUACAGAUAAAUAUUUAGCUUUAUUAUUUUAAUUGUCCGAAGGCUUCCCUACUUCACAGUAUAUACAGUGAGUGACCUAUCUCAAGAAACGUUGGCUGAAAUUCUGAAAUGCGUUUUCGAUUAGGAAGGAUUACUUGGUCGCGGUUGUAAUACUGCUUAUCUUGCGGCAUACUCUUAUAACAUUUCGGACUUGGCAGGACGUCGGCUUUUAAAUGUACUUCUUUUCAAUCCCCUGUAGAAACCGUGCUCGGUAAAAGAUGACUACUCAAGUAGCAUGCAUUUUUCCCAUUGAUUUUCGAUGGUCUUGGAAAUUCAAAUAUAUUUUAUAGAAACCAUAAACAAAAAUACGCUUUCUUUUAGUCAAUCAAUAGAUAAUCAUGUCUUAUUUAUAUUUUAUACUUAAGGAAGGAAGUAUAAUUAGGUUUUAAAAAAGUUUUUAACUAUGAGACUUUUUAAGACCGCGAAAUGUCCAUUGACAUAGCAUCGUAUCUGGCCGUUUACCAUUGCUCCUCAUGAAAUGUACAACAUGGUCCGCAUCCAUUGCAAAAUUUUAUGGACUCUGUAUGAUAUCUCUUUAAUUGCAUAGAAAAAUAUGUGAUUUUCUUUACGUGGAACGCAUGCACCUUGUAGAGCGAAAUCACUAAGCGCUAAUGGAACGAAUGAUCAGGCUCUAAAUUAUUCGGCAAUUAGAAAACUUUUUUUAAAACCUAAUUGUACUCCUUCCUGAAGUAUAAAAUAUAAAGAAGGCAUGAUUCUCUAUUGAUUGACUAAAAGAAAGCGUAUUUUUGUUUAUAGUUUCUAUAAAAUAUAUUUGAAUUUCCAAGACCAUCGAAAAUCAAUGGGAAAAAUGCAUGCUAAUUGAGUAGUCAUCUUUUACCGAGCACGGUUUCUACAGGAGAUUGAAAAGAAGUGCACUUAAAAGCCGACAUCCUGCCAAGUCCGAAACGUUAUAAGAGUAUGCCGCAAGAUAAGCAGUAUUACAACCGCGACCAAGUAAUCCUUCCUAAUCGAAAACGCAUUUCAGAAUUUCAGUCAGCAUUUCAUGAGAUCGGUCACUCACUGUAUCCACAGUGAAAACUUUACUUAAAAUUGGCUCCACAAUUCUGCCUAAAAUAGUUCAAAAUUCACGCUUAGUCUUCCCAUGAAUUGGAAGACUAUCUAUUGCUAGGCAUAUAACUACUUCUUCUACUGAACGAGGAAGAGCCAGAGUACGCAACUGGGCGUUCAGCUGAGCUGCAAGUCCCAAAUGCACGUACUUACCACUGACCAUUGCCGUGAUCGGUGCAGAGAUGUAUGUCGCGCCCAACAGCGUUCGUGCGUCAGCUGGGAGGUCCGGCAACCACGGUCUCAGAGCCUUAAGCAGGUCUUUCAAGUGCAAAUGUGGAGUUUUUGAGCGUAAAGCCCACUUGCGCAGACUUUCACGUGUGCUUGAAUCCUUCUCUAUUUUUGGCGUUGAAUCACCUUCCUCGUACGUAGACGCACAGGGACCCUCCAACGAAGAAGAGUGUUGGUGCUCAAGCGAAGUUGAGGACUCGGAUUCGUCCGUGAAGCUGUCCGACCAACUGCCAGAUGAUGUUUCCGACGACGACAUUUCCCUCACCUCUUCGCUGAUCCUUCGUAUUAUUUUUUUUCAGUUUCCCUGCGUGCUUGACGCCGGAUAUUACGCCUACUUACAGAAUUAA